CACCAUGGUUAAGUAUGAUACUUUCAGUGGUAAGCUUUGUGCAUACGACAGCCCGCUGGGUCCCUAAAAACUGAUUCAAUCAAAGAUCGCCUUUACUCAAUUUGCGGGUGCCAUCGCUUGUGGCAUUCAAGCACGGAGAUAUGGCUAUUUCUCAGAUCUUUAUGCGAAAGCCAAGGUGCCUAUACUGGUGAGUAAGUCGUCACUGUGUCUUCCCUUCUACCGACUACUCGCAGGUGUGGUUGAGUGCGAGCGUUUUGUGUGAUGUUGCCAUCGCACUAUGCAUGACUUACCAUUUAAAUCGAGCUGCUAGUACUGGCCUCAUGUCUACUCGCGUACUUGUUUCUAGGUUGAUACGUCUGACCGUUGAAACCGGGAUACUAACAGCCGCUUUUGCUGUCAUUGACAUAGUGCUUUUCCUCGCCUGUCCCCAUGACAUCUACCAUAGUGUCCCAGCAGUUUGCUUGGCAAAGCUCUAUUCGAAUACCGUCCUUGCUGUUUGCAACAGCCGUAUGGCAGGGCGGAUCCGUGGAGGGAGGGAGGACGCAAGUCUUGACGCACACGAGUCUUUCGAUCUGUCAGAUGCUAGAUUCAAUGUCGAGCUUCAGAAUAUACAGAACAACACGAGUCCGGGAUCUCCUUUGCAGCUUGAGGGUGAUCAGGAAGAUAAGGACAACACGAAGACCAUUGAUAUCCUGCCUCCAGACAAAUUUUCUUUUGAUGUUUCAACAGUGGACAUAGUUGCGAAGCAAGCUUGAAUAGAUUAACUUUCUAUAUUGCACUGAUUAGCACCCGCAUGGAUAGUGUACAACUAUAAUUAAUAUAAAUCCGUAAAUUCCCA